AUGAAUGAUAUUUUAAAAAGUGAUAAUCAAUUCAUAAAAGUAUGGUAUCUCUUUUUCUGUUGGAUGAGAUACUUCGUGGAUCAUAAAAUUGGAAUUAGAAGAGGAAAUUACAGGAUGCAAAUGUCAAAUUUGGCUGC